GUCCGGCGGUAGCAGUGAUGGGGUGUGCGGUGCGGAGCGAGUUGGCGUUGGCCCUGGCCUUGACCCUGGCCUUGCCCUCCGUGGCCCUGGACAAUGGGCUGGCCCUCACGCCCCCCAUGGGCUGGAUGUCCUGGGAGAGGUUUCGCUGCAACGUGAACUGCCAGCAGGACCCCCACAACUGCAUCAGUGAGAAGCUCUUCUUCGAGAUGGCAGAUCGCCUGGCAGAGGAUGGCUGGAGGGACCUGGGCUACAAGUACAUCAACCUUGACGACUGCUGGUCUGCCAAGCACCGAGACACAGCAGGACGGCUGGUUCCUGACCCUGAGAGGUUUCCCAGCGGGAUUAAGGCUCUGGCUGACUAUGUUCAUGCCCGGGGCCUGAAGCUGGGCAUUUAUGGUGACCUGGGCACCCUCACCUGCGGGGGAUACCCAGGCACCACACUGGACUAUGUGCAGCUGGAUGCCCAGACCUUUGCGGAGUGGGGUGUGGACAUGCUGAAGCUGGAUGGGUGUUACUCGUCAGCAGAGGAGCAGGCAGAGGGCUACCCAGAAAUGGCGAAGGCCUUGAAUGCUACAGGCCGCCCCAUUGUCUACUCGUGCAGCUGGCCAGCAUAUCAGGGGGGGCUUCCACCCCAGGUGAACUACACCAUCCUGGCAGAGAUCUGCAAUCUGUGGCGUAACUAUGACGACAUUGAGGACUCCUGGAGCAGUGUGCUUUCCAUCCUGGACUGGUUCUCUGCAAACCAGGACGUGCUGCAGCCUGUAGCUGGACCUGGCCACUGGAAUGACCCAGACAUGCUCAUCAUUGGAAACUUUGGCCUUAGCUAUGAGCAGUCUCGCUCCCAGAUGGCUUUGUGGACAGUGAUGGCAGCCCCACUUCUGAUGUCCAACGAUCUCCGCACCAUCUCCCCCAGCGCCAAGGAGAUCCUGCAGAACCCUCUGAUGAUCCGGAUCAACCAGGACCCCCUGGGAGUCCAAGGGCGCAGGAUUGUCAAGGAGAAAUCACACAUCGAGGUGUUCCUGCGCCCGCUGUCGCAGGCCGCCAGUGCCCUCGUCUUCUUCAGCAGAAGGACAGAUAUGCCUUACUUCUACACCACCAGCCUGGCCAAGCUCCAGUUCCCCAAGGAUGCCACAUACGAGGUACAAGAUGUGUACAGUGGGAAGAUCAUCAGUGGCUUGAAGACAGGAGACAAUUUCACAGUCAUUAUUAACCCCUCGGGGGUGGUGAUGUGGUAUCUCUAUCCCACGGCACAUCCAGUGCAGCCCUGGCACAUUGCUGGACAGCAAGCCCCUGGCAAGGACCUCAGCCCAGUCCUCCUGUGAUGGGAACAUGGCUCAGUGUCUGGCAGGUGGAACACUCAAGGGUUUCUCAGGGAAUGGCUUCUCCUCCUCCCAAGGACAGCUACAUCCACAGCUCCGUCCUGAUGAGGAAUGGCAGAACAGACUCUCACCCACUCAACUGCUUCACCUGCAUACAGCACACAUCCUGUGGAGGAGUUUUAGGCAAGAUAGAGCCUGCCCCAAUUGCCCCAGAGAGGGGCACAGCAUUCAUGAAAAUUGUUUCUUAUGAUUGCAGCCCAGAUUGGAAAAUACAACACUUCAGAUGGGCAAACCAAGAGGAACUUUUGCCCUUUCUAUUGGGAUGCUGGAGGGUUCCUGCUCAUCUGCCCACCCUGGUUCCUGCAGGACCAAAUGGCUGAUUUAUCCAAGUGCAGCAGCAGGAUACUGAACAUGAUGCUUGCAGUGCUAACAAGAGGACAAGUGCACUGCAUGCCUGUCUGCAGGAGCUGGCUUUGUUCUUGGGAAGAAAUUGGUACAAAUUAAUUGAAAUAAAGGGAAGCAGGC